AUGUUAGGUGGGGUGAGUUGUAAAGUGGUUGACUGUGGGAUCCCGAACAUUAACAAUAUUAUCCCGAGUCAUAAUUACUCGUAUACCAGCGAGGUAACGAUACAAUGUCAACACGGAUACAACAUUGACCCUCCCGGUCAUGCUUCAGUGGUUUGUGAUGAAUCUGGUGAUUGGUUUCCGAGUCCUCGUCAUUAUCGGUGCAUACCUGUGUCAUGUGACUUACCUCGUUACAUCCGUCAUGCAACGGUUGCCGGGGCAACUACGUUCAACAAUACCCUCAUUGUGACGUGUGAUCCGGGUUUCCAUAUAAGGGCAGGGGUCAAUAAGGUUCGUUCCAGGUGCCUGGCAGAUCGAACAUGGGACGUCAAUCUCAACACAAUUGACUGUAAAAGCUUCACAUGCAAGGACCCGGGCUAUGUUACGAGAUCAACCCGCGAAAGUUUAUCGGCGCACCUCAUGCAUGGAGCUAUGUAUAAGUUUGUAUGCGAACAUGGAUAUUGGGUGGACGGCUUGUAUAGUAUUGUGGUGGUGUGUAGCUUGGCAGGAGCAUGGGAGCCUGCGGUGAACUUUACAUGCACAGAGAUCCGCUGCUUACAUCCACCUAUGAAAGUUAAAUCCACAUUAAUCAUCAACGGGGGUGAAAAUAGAACUGACUACGCCAUUGAUCAAACAAUGAGAUAUGAAUGCGACGACCAUUCAUGGCUAACGGUACAGUAUGAAGUCACAGAGUGGACCUUCACAGGGCUUAGUGAUGUCACAAUGACAUGUAAAGUGACGGGACAAUGGUAUCCUCACCCUGAUUCAUUCGCUUGUAGAGAUAUAACGGAGGGGUCGGUUCCGGUUGGUUACCCUCGUGGAUUGCCGGGAAAAAAAGUUUUUUUUGGAUAUUGGAAACGACCAUUAGGUGGCAGUAACCAUACUUAUAGUGUGGCUGUUUCAACAGGACUCCUUACAUGGCAUGGUGGACCAACUAUGACAUCAUCCAUUGUUAAGUCACAAUCAGCCUCGGACAUCGGGUAUGAAGUGUCCAAACUAUGGGAUGGUGAUGCGGCCACUAGUUGGCGACCUGUGGUUACUGAGAAUCGACAUUAUAACGUCACAAUAUAUCUGGGUGGGCUUUAUAUAGUAAAGGGGGUGGAAUUUUCAUCCAAUGAGAAUGAAGGAAGCAUGGUGGCUGCUUUGAGGCUAACUUUCUCGGAUGAUGGUAAAUCGUUCAACCGUUCAUUGGAGUUAUCCAUGCGUGAAGGAAGGUCAAACAAUCGACCAAUCAGCAUCGAGAACCAACCCGGUCGUUUACGCUUCAGUGGUUUUGAGGAUGUGGCUAAGUUUGUUCAGAUAACAAUAUUAUCAACAAUGGAUGGUUCGGCACCAACAAUCGGCGAGGUUCGUUUCUUAAGUAUGACAUCACAAUGGUCGAUUGUCAUUCCUAUUGAUGACAUCACAAUACCCGUUAUACUCUCUUGCACCCUCGUGUGUAUGUUUAUAAUGAUGGUGUGGGCGGUGAGGCGCGACGCAAACGAUCGAGGAGCUAUUCAUUUUGUAAUGAACGAGGUAACCAUGGAUACUGAUAUUGUUAUGAUUCAAAUCAAACUCGUCCAAUCACGUCCGCCGGUUCAAUUCUUAUGCAGGUUACUUGGAGAAGACACAACAUCGUUUAUUGUUGAACACCGGGUGGCGACAAAUACAAUGCUCGUUGUUGUUCCGGUUCAACGAUUCCAAGGUUUGAGGUUUCAACUUUGUAUUGUACCAGGGGAAUCCCCUGCAAUUGAUGUCAGUAUCAAGAUUGGAAUGCUAUCCAUUGAUGAUGUCAUAGAGGGUAAUGUUAGUUGGUUGUUUGUCAAACAAUCACGAUUGUCACCGGGUGUUCCACAAAGUUAUAAGUUUGAUAAAGUCGGUGAAAGCGUCGAGUCACAAUGGCGAGGAUUGAAUCACUUGGACGAGUCAGCAAAUAUUUUCACUCAAUUUUGCCGAAUCAUCUUUUGUAUUCAACGUUUGUUAAUGACUUUCUUCGUCAAAUAACAAGAAGUGAAAAAAUAUUUCUCGUAUUUUUUGGAUUGUUUGUUUCGUUGUGUUGCGCAACAAUGCUCGAGUAUAUGACAUCACAAUGCUGGUUGUCGGCCGUUGUUACCAUGGCAACCACGCCCAUGAUGUUUGUUAUUUCUAUUGUGUUGAUGAAAUAUCCAAUUUACGUCGGAGAAUCGUUGAAAUCUUUGUCACCACUCGGUGGGGUUGAAGAGAUCCUCCAAAAGUUUGACGAUGUUGUAUCAACAGUGGGGAUUCCCCCAAGUAGAAGCUCGUCUGAUUCUUGGUUGUUGCCGUGGAAACUAAGGUUUCAACACCGGGUGGCUACGGAAGAUGAUAUCUUAACCCGCGACCUUGAUGCCGGGUUCAUCCUUCGUAACCAUCGACUACCACGACGCACGCGUUCCGCUCCAGCGAUCAUGAUGUCACCCCCCGAUGAUGUGUCUAUGACAUCAGUAUCGGAGCUCAGUUGCGCCCACAUGUGGUCACGUAAGUGGAUGGUGGACGACUGGCAUCGCGUGCACCGAAGCAUGAAAGAUUCGAUUGAACGACUUUUCGAACAAUGUGAUGAUGACAGUGUAUCUAUGUUCUCAUGGGCGGAUGCCGAAUAUCGGCGCGUUCCUUCACGCAUCAGCGACCGUGGUUACGUCACUCGACCAACGGAGGUUCCUGAUUGGUUGGAAAGUGAGCUAGAUCGGAGGAAGAAAGAAGCGAUUAUGACAUCAUCCCACACACAGUACCCAACAUGGCAUCGAAU